CUAUUCCCCCAGCAGCGGUCUGUCCAUCCGAAUCCGCGGCAUUGAAAGGCUGUCUACGAGUGAUUUCAACCGUUAGCUUCGUUAUUCCGUAUACCACUUCCCUCAGACUCGGCCGUUGCUUCACGGUUAUUCUAUCCACCCCCCGAUACGAACUUUCCGAGCAUCCUAAGCAUGACUCGCUGGGAGAACGAGGCCAUAACAGGGCUAAUAGCUCUGAUCCUUGCGAUCCCUGGCGCAAUCGUCGCGCUGGCGACGUUACGGGUCCUCUUUGCAAGACGGCAGCUCCACUUAAGAAGAAUACAUCUUAGUGCGACCCCUGACCUGCAGGCCACCAUAGACCUCAAUGAGACCGCAUACGAAUUGAGCGCCCGAAGAGCUACCGACUGGUUCCAAGACCAGUACGUGUAUCUCCACAGAGAAAUCUCCGCCGAGCAGGAACAGUGGGCCGAAGAAAGCGGAGAUUUCCAGCACUCUCCAUCCUACGGAGCUCAGGAGCCGCCUUGGUCGACUUCGGUACCAUGGGCUAAUCACACCUCGUUUCAAUAGUGGCGCUGUUAUGUGCGUGCUCUUUCUCAACGAGCGCGCUCGCG